ACAUGAGAAUUUUAUUACUAAUACAUUUAUUUUGAAAAACAUUCUCACAGCUAUUAAGAUCCAUUCAUGAUUUUAUUAUUACAGUAUAACAAUAAUAAUAAUGCUGGUUCAGUCUUCCACAUCCAUAGAGGGAGCUUCCCAUGCACUCAGUAGCUCUGAUCCAGUGAUUUCCUUGUGUGGGAUACACACAGGGAGCAGCUCUCUGACGCCCCGGCUGCUCUCCCAACUCUCCACUUCCGGGCCGAACCGAUCUGUCUCGAAGCGCUCGCCGUUCCCCUGCCCGCCCGGAUGUGUUAAUGGAUUCCAGACCCGGAUUCCACCGUGGCGGGGGCAGCAAUCACACCGCCCUCGGCGGCUCCGGCUCCAGCUCCCCGGCUCUGACCGGGGCUCAGGCCCGCCGGCGGAAACAGCCCCUCCGGCCUGCCGACUUCAAACUGCAAGUAAUCAUCAUCGGCUCCCGGGGAGUGGGCAAGACCAGCCUCAUGGAGCGGUUCACGGACGACACGUUCUGCGAGGCGUGCAAAUCCACAGUGGGUGAGUUAUCUGGGGGUUAAUGGGGUCUGACCUGCGGGUUAAGGCUGUGAUGGAUUAUAUCUCCUAUGAUGCUCAGCCAGCCAUAGGUUCUUUAUCUUUAGCCUAGUGGUGUACGGGUAUCACCCCCAAGGGCAUACACCUCCAUUACAAGUGUUUACAAAGAGUUGCAGGCUGAGCAUCCUGGGGCUAUAGUCCACAGCAACUGAGUUGCCAAAAGUUAGCUGUCACUGCUCUUAGGUAGGUUCAGUAGACAAAAUCAUUUAUAACAGUUUCCUCACAAAUCUGUUAUUAGAACACUGGCAAACUACUUGAAAGUCCUUGGGGACUCUGUGAGGUUAUCAAGUGGAGAUCAGGAGACAGCUGAAGAGUAGUUUUAAUUAUGACUUAUAAAAUGCAAACUUUUUUUUUUUUUUUAACACUAUACAAUGGCAUCACUAUGCAUACAAAUACAAACUGUAUUCUUAAAUGUACAGUCUGUGGAAAUGUAGGUAUGACUGACACAGUGAUCAUGGUACUAACUUUUCAGGGUAACACUUGGACAUACAUGUGUAUACAGCACAUUUCUCUCUUUGCAGCUCAUCUUCUGACAUCAAUGUUGGUAUAAGAAAUGUGUUAUUGGUGAGAAUCUGCUCCCCAGGGGAUUAAUUCCCACCAAUCUAGGGCAGUUAGUACCAGUGCUACAUAAAGAUCAAAUUAACUCUACCCCUAACCCAAAAAUAAGAUAAUGUAUAACACACGAAAUAUGCUCUUGUGGGGUUUUUGGAGACAUAGUAAACCAUCCAACCGUUAAUAUUUUGAUAUCAACAAAAUUUAGUACACGUUAAUGACAUGUAAAUAAAUACAUGGUUGCCACAUUGCGCCAUGUCAACAUUUGUUGACGGUGAAUCAUUUGAAAUUUGUCACAAUUUUGGGGAUAUUUUCAUAUAUUUUCAUAUAUAUUGGAAAUGUUUAAAAUCCCUUAGAAUUGCACAUUUCAACCAGAAUAAACAAGCUGGAACAAGCUUUUUUUCUAGCUUGGAAUUUUCAGAUUUAGCAAAUGUAAUGAAUACAAAUUUCUGUCAAGAUUCUGGAUGUAAAGAUAACCUGUUGAACGUGUAGCUGGUAUGACUAAGUGAGUGAUGCCACCAGUCUCAGUGAAGGUUAUUCACUAAAUGUAUUCAUUAGCUUGAAUUCAACAGGAUAUUGUGCAUUUUAGGCCAUAUUAGUUGAACUGGAAAAGUCAACUAUAUUACCAGAUCAGCUGUUUGAAAUUCCAAAAUAACAUUUUAUAUGCUUACUUUGGUGAAUAACCCUGUUUACUUUCUGAAUGCCUAACUUAACACUGUAAUGUUUUGCCCCAGUUAACUUCUGUUUACUAGAGCAUAGUUUUUGAUGCUGCAUAUGUCUAUUUACAUGCUCUCUGCCUAUGCUAAGUAAAACACCAAAUUACAGUCAUGCAGUAAAGUCAUUUUAUCUGCCAACCCUAGGGGGCCGCAGUUAGACAGCACAGACUCAAAGAAGUAAUUGCACAGCUGGGCUCUCACUUGCCCUUCCCCCGUACCUCAACAUUUCUCUGUCCAUCAGCCAUGUGGUUGAGAAUAUUGAUAGAACAUUCUUCAGUAAAUUGCAAGGGUUACAGGCUUGACAAAUCCAGAGGUCAAUUUGCCAGACACCCCUAGAAUUGUACUUCUGGCUUCUAAAUGUUUGGAUAAGUCUACAAAACUUUGCCUGGCUCUUUUUUUUUUUCUUACUGGCCAUAUGGGGGUAAAAAUGUUUCCCUAUUAUUUAAUGCAGGGCCGAUGCAUAAGGCGGCAUGGGAUGUCGACUUAGGACGCACCGGCCCGGAUGGAGCAAUUUCCAGAGUCAGGCGUUGUACAGAACUUCCGCCAUUCACUCUCUGACCUCACAGACUGAGGUAGAGGAUCUGUUUUCUCUACAGGUCUGGCAGGGAGUUGCUCGAUGGAGGUGGCAGAAAAUGAGCGGCAAAUGGCUUUCUGUCAGGCCAGAUAGAGGAAGAUCUGUACCCCAGUCUGUAACGCCACACAACAGUAAGGGUGAGAGAGAGCACCACAAAGGGGGUCCAAAAAAAUAGGAGUCUGACAGACACAAUGGAAGGGGGAGUAAGACAUGGGUAGUUCAGACACAUAGGGUAGUUAGUGGGGGUUAGGUAAGAUAAAAUAAAAAACUAAUUAAUUUACUGUGAUUAUUGCCCGCUCUUCACUAUGUAUGCUAUUAUUUUUUUUACUUGAAAAACCUAAAUAAAAAAUAACACUAAGGGGUGAAUAGGAAAUCCAAGGAGGACUGUAGGUCAUAAGAUAAACUAGAGGUGUGUAAAGCAUUCAAAAAGGGGCUAAGAUUCCAGAAGUUGGGUUUAUAGGCACCACAGACUAACACUCAUUUUGGGGGUGUCAAAAUGCUUUGUCGCCUCUGUAGGCAAAACUACUGGCCCUAUUUAUGAACACAUUUUAAUCAAUAAUUACCUUCAAAGUUCUCCUCGAUAGACAUUUAAGGUGAAUGUCACUUUAGGACAAUUAUACCCAAAUUACUCUGUUUUCAGCUCUCUGAUUUUAUAUUGGACUUAUGAGUGCCUACAAGGCAUCCGCGUGACUUACAUUGCACAUUAGUCGCUUAAUAGCACAAACAACACUCAUCUUCUCACACAUCACAUACGUCACAGGUGUAAAGCAGCAAAGUGUCUGCUCUCUACUUUUGAGUUAAAUAUAAACUAGUUUCUGUUCACAUCUAUUAUUAUGAUCUAUUACUUCACUUAUUGUGGCUGCUGUCAGAGCUUCUUUUAUCUUGUCAAACUGGGUUAGAUCAUAGUUCUCCAUGCAACAUAUACUCCAUGGUCUAUAUUUCAGAACUAAUGCAGAGAAGUGUGCACAGCUGAUGCUACAUACCAUGACAAUAUGUGUGCCAUGUCACAUCGUUGUCACUAUGGCAAUCUGCUUCCAAUAUUUAUCAAUCCCUGCUAUUUUUAAAAUGUCAUUGUAUUCUGCCAAUUUAGCAAUACUCUUCAUCCUUCUUGAUAAUAGUUUAAAAAGUUAUGUCACUAUUUGACUGCACUGUUAAAGUACAGCCCCCUCAGUGGACUCCAUUCCAUUUCUUUGGUGCACACAACAACCAUGCAUUGGUUAGGCACAAAUUUUCACCAGUUCCAUGAAUAUACUAUCUGUCGUAAAAAGAUAUGCUGAGUAAUGAAAUUGUACAUGAAAUACAAGUAGCUUAAAGGGACACGCUAGACCUUUCAAGCACUUUGACUUGCUCAGGCACCUGCCUUGCAAAGACUUCUCAUUGGGAAGUCUGUGAUUGGACAGUCACAGAAAGUCUGGGCUGGGGAAGAAGGGAAAUGACUUGCAAAGGCAGCAGACAAGAGAUCUACACAUUUUGCAAACAGUUUUUAGCUAUACCCAGCCAGUUAAAAAAAAUAAAUAAAUAAAAUGCAUCAUUAAAUGCAAGCAUGUUUUCAUUGGGGGUAUGUCUACUAAACCGUGUUGGAUUUUGGCAGUCCCUUUAAGAAACUUCAAUCCUCUAAUAACCUUUCAGCAAUGAUUUUUGUUGUCUAUAUUAAAGAUUUAGCAAGUAAAAUCACAAGUUGGCACAGUACUGGAUACACAUUACCAUAUUCGAUUAGGGAUAGAAACAGCUUCUCCUCCAUAACUACCUUUUAGUACAAGUCAAAAGUCCCUCUUGUUUUGUUUUUUGGGGGGUUCUGAUAAAAAAGGGCAGAGCUUAUAACAGUGAUUUAAAAAAAAAAAAGGAAAAUGCACACACUAAAAAAGGGGGGAAUACUUCAUGCAGGGAGCUCCAGAAAGGGAGGGUCAAUCUCUGAAGACAUCAAAUGGAAGAAAUGAGAUAUCCAGGCACACCUGAGGUUUCUUCUAAAAGGCAGUCUUUAUUUGAAACAAGGAAGUGGAGACAACGUUUGGCUCCUCUGUGAGCCUUUAUUAAUACCAACAUCACAAAGGUAUUAAUGUGCACCUUUUCCAAAACAUUUACAUUUGCUGCUAUGAUAGCCUGCAUUCUGCUUUUCACUACACAUUAGAACAUUUCUGUUAGUAUUUGUUUUCCUUGCAGUCCAAUUCAUCUUAAAAAUCUCCAUGCACAUCUGGUAUUUGGUAGCAAGAAAAUGUUUAGUGCAAGUGUUGCUCUUCAGUAAUGAUUUACGGUGAUAUAUUGCCUGUAUCUACUGCUUUGGUUAUAUAAAUGUGAUUUUUAAAUUGCAUUUUAUAUCCUCAGGUGUUGAUUUUAAAAUCAAAACAGUAGAGCUAAGAGGGAAGAAAAUUAGGUUACAGAUCUGGUAAGUGAAUCACUUAGCAAAUAUUGAAAAUGUAUAUUGUGGAUGUGAUUCUGUUUACAUUUUUAUUGUAUGCAAUAUGUUUAUUAGUAGUUUUGUCUUUAGUUCAUAAUUGUAUGUGUAUAGUGAGAACUGGCAUGUAUGGAGAAAGGGAACAAAUGUGUUUUCACACAGAAGAUGGAGUUUGUGUAUUGUUUAAGGGGCUGUAUAGUUCAUUCAUCUAGAGAGCCAACAUACCAGAUAAAAGUAUGUGUGCUGAUUGAUCUUGCAUGUGGUACUAUGUAUUUGUCUGUUACACAUGGCUAAUAUUGUCACAUGCCUCUAUUUAACUAUAGUGCACACAUUUGAUCUCCCUAGACUCUGCACACUCUUCUAUAUAUAGAACCAGCAAGGACGCUCCAGUUUCCUCUCUGUUUGCUCUCAGUGCUUUGGAAGCACAUGUGUGAAUCUGUUUUUAUCACUGACUGCUCAGACUGUGGAGAAUUUAAUUUCUUAAAUGUAGGGAUCGACCGAUAUUGACUUUUUUAGAGCCAAUACUGGUAAUCUAUGAACCUUCAGGCCGAUAGCUUUACGUUAUUCUGUAUAUUUACCGCAUUUUUUAAAAAAAUUUUUAAUAUUUUUAUUAAGUGGUACAUGCACAAAAUAUACAUGCCAGUCAGAGUUUUUUUGUUUUCAAGAAUAUUGUGUGUGUAGUGGAUGCAGUGAGAGUAUUUGGUUAGUAAAUGCAGUGUUUGUGUAGUGGAUGCAAUGUGUGUGUGGGUAGUGCAUGCAGUGUGUUUGUGUGUGUGUAUCUCCCCUCCACUGCUCCCCAGUGUGUCUCCUGGUAGCGUGGCCGAGCGGAGCAUUGCGCACCGUGGUACAGGAGAUCCUGUACCCGGCCGGACUGACAGGAAGAGCUCUCUGUGUGCACUUCGUUUCAGUCCGGCCGGGUACAGGAAACAUAAGUUUCUGUACCGCGGUGUGAACUGCUCCGCUCGGCCACGCUUCACAGAGUGCCUGGCAGGAGGGAGUGCUGUGCGCCCAUUUCCUGCCAGUCACUCAGAUCUAGUGCCCCCUGGGCCGGUACGCCCUAAGGCAGCCGCUUGUGCCGCCUUAUGGGCGCGCCGGUCCACUCAUUCAUUAUUGGUAUUGCUGGUGAUUUUCGCCCGAUACUUACAAAAAAAAAUCGGAAUAUAGGCCGAUAAUAUCGGCAAAACCGAUAAUCGGUCGAUACCUAAUUACAUUUAAUAUUCUGAAGUUAAGGUAUCCGAAAUCGCAAUUUUCUUUUCCUACACUUUUUAAAUACAUUUUUCAGCUAAUUGCAAGGAGAUCUCCAGGUCCAGAAGGAAGAAAAAAGCGAUAAACUACUCACCCAAUCCUGGGCGUUUCAUUGUAUGCUAUGCAUUUGUCAAAUUGGAUUUGAGGUUCAGCUGUUGCAAGAUAUUUAACUCGUGAAAAAAAUAAAAAAUGAAUUAAGCUCCUGAGUCGUUCAUAAUGGGCAUAAAAUUACUGUUCCCACAACCACAGUGUCUGUUUGAAUGAUGUUGUAGUAUUUUUUUCUUAUUUUGUAUAGUGACCAAUCCAAUCUUAUGUCUGAAUAUAGUCUGUCUGUAUUGUGAGAACAACUGUCAAAGUGGAGAAUACAGCUGUAAAUCUACAAAAAAAUUAAAGAACAGCAAUAGUGUGAAACUGUAAAAAAAUAAAUAUAUAUAUAUAUAUAUAUAUAUAUAUAUAAAAUGCGCUAAUUUGGUUACAGUCACAGGAUGGAGAAUGGUAUAUCGCCUUAGGGUGCCUCCCCUGAUGAAGAUGGGGGGCUGAUCCAAAUCACCUCCUCUCCUUUCGACAGCACUGCAGCAUGAAGAACCGGACUCAAGAUGAAGAGUAUUUAUUGGUAAAAUCAAUGUAUAAAUGAAAUAUAUAAAACUUUGUUAGAUCUGGUCCUACAUGUUUCAUCCCAAAGGACUUCUUUAGGGACCCUCAGAAGUAUACAGCUGCAAAAUGGGUAAAAAUCACAAUGUGAAAAGCAGUAUAAAACACCUCCCCCUUGGGUCUCUCCUUAUAUGUGGCUCAUAAUUCUUCUUAUUGGUGGUCCAAGGGGUGUUCCCAGCUGUUCACAAUCUCUUCUCUUCGAUAUAUAUAUAUUUUUUUGUGUGUGUUUACAUCGCAUCAGCUGAAGUCACUUCCGUUGCGACGAUCUCCACUUGUCAUCUGUUCCACUUGUCGUCUGUCUUGCCUUCCACGUGAUGUAAACAUGGAAGACCGGUGAGGGGGGGGGAGAAAAAAUGGAUGAGAAGAGAUGGUGAACAGCUGGGAACAUGAGGGAACACACCCUGGACCACCAAUAAGGAUAAUUAAGUGCCAUAUAUAAGGAGAGACAGCAGGGGGAAGGUUUUAUACUGCUUUUCACAUUGUGAUUUUUACUUUGUUUAGAUUUUUACUCAUUUUGUUGCUGUAUACUUCUGAGGGUCCCUUAGGAAGUCCUUUGGGACGAAACAUGUGGGACCAGAUCUACCAACAUUUUAUAUAUAUUUAUCAUAUCUUUCAUUUAUACAUUGAUUUUAAAGGGACACAUUGUCACCCAGACCACUUCAGCUCAAUGAAGUGAUUUGGGUGCCAGGUCUCUCAGGUUUUAACCCUUCAGAUGCAAACAUAGCAGUUUCAGAGAAAUUAUGUUUACAUUUGGGGUUAAUCCAGCCUCUAGUGGCUGUCUUCCGGACAGCCACUAGAGGCGCAUCUGCGAUGCUGGAGGCACAUUUCGCCUCCAUCGCGCAGAGCGUCCAUAGGAAAGUAUUGAGAAAUGCUUUCCUAUGGACACUUUGAAUGCGCGCGCAGGACUUGCCGCGCAUGCGCAUUCGGCUCCGCUGACGGCGGAGGAGGAGAGGUCACCAGAGCCGAGGGAGCCCGGCACUGGAUUAAGGGAAGCUGCUGAAGGGGGACCCUGAGGGUGGGGGCACCCUCAGGGCACUAUAGUGUCAGGAAAACCACUUUGUUUUCCUGACCCUAUAGUGAUCCUUUAACAAUAAAGGCAGAAGUUACUUUAUACUCUUCAACUUGAGUCCGGCUCUUAAUGCUGCAGUGCUGUCGAAAGGAGAGGAGGUGAUUUGGAUCAGCCCCCCAUCUUCAUCAGGGGUGGCACCCUAAGGCGAUAUUCUCCAUCCUGUGAAUGUAACCCAAUUAGCGCAUUUUAUAUCUUUUUUAUUUUUUUUCAGUUUCACACUAUUGCUGUUCUUUUGUAGAUUUACAGCUGUAUUCUCCACUUUGUCGGUUGUUCUUAUAUUGUGUAUAAAAUAAUACAUUCUGGGAUAUUCCUGCAGGAAGCUGUCAUCACUAUCCAUUGAGAUAAGUGUAUUUUUCACCACACAAUUGAUUUCUGGUGUAGAUGAAAUUAUUCUAACAGUAUUUUUGUGUCUACAUAUGUCUCUAUUGUAUUUGCUUAACAUUUUCUUUCUUUUGUCUUUGAUUUGUAUUGUUUUAUGUAGAAAAAAAUUAGUAUAAAUAAAUGGGGGGGGGUGGGAAUAAACUAACUUUGUGACUUAAAAAAUAAAUAAAUACCGUUUUGAAUUUAUGUAGUACCGUGUUGUUUUGUUUUGUGUUUUUUUUUUUUCAUGUGUAACGGUGCUUACUCCAUUAAAAUAAAGCUUUUGAGUUUUUCACUUGUGGCCUGUACAGUAUUCAAAUGCCUAUGCUUUUUUUGAAUGGGUAAUUUUAAUGCUGUGCUUUCCAUAUAUUAUGUUUGCAAAAAAAAAAAAAGAGUAUUAUGCACACACUAAAAAGAGUGAAUACUUCCUGCAGGAUGCUCCAGAAAGGGAGGGCCAAUCCGUGAAGACAUCAAAUGGAAGAAAAUAAAUAAUUAGGCACACCUGAGGUUUCUCCUAAAAGGCAGUCUUUUUAUUUGAUAAAGUCUUAUAGGAGCCAAAACAUUGUCUCCACUUUCUUGUUUCAAAUAAAAAAAGACUGUCUUUUAGAAGAAACCUCAGGUGUUUCUGGAUAUUUCUUUUCUUCCUUUCCCUAUAUUAUGUCUGAGUGUGAAGGGUGGACUUUUCAGCAAGUCAGGGAGCUACUUAGAGUAUCUUAUAAAGUUGGAUUCAGUUCUCGCAGACAUAAAGUGUAAUGUUACUGUUUCUUUUCCAAAGCCCCGUACAAUGGUCACAUGUCUGUGUUGACAUAUUUUUCACAUCAGUAGAACAUUCCAUUCCUUCCACAUCUUAGUAUAAUGUUUGCACAUGACGAGGUUAGGUGUGUGUGUUUGCUUUAUAUCAUUCAACUAGUGUUUUGUCUUUAAACCAUCCCACCCUUUAUGCAUUGUGCAGUGAAUACAGUUUUAAAACACAAGAAAUAUUAAUGAAAAUAAUACUGUGUAGGGGGUCCUUUUUUUUUUUUUUUUUUUGCCGAUCAUUUUCAGGACGUGUAGCUCCUGCAGGCACCAGGAAUAGAUGUACAUACAGUAUUUGCCACUGUACAGCACAGAUUUAUGAGAUGGUUUUCUACUUAGAGUCUAAGUAACAUAUUAAUCCCAUGUCUUUUAAGACAAAAUAUCACAAAUAUUCUCAACAGAUAAGGAAUAGGGCUAUAGUAUCUAAGUGGUGGUCCCAUUCCCUACCUCCACAUUUUCCUUUUCGUUUAAUUGUUGGCUCAUUAUUAGUGUCUUUGUGGACUAUACCCAGAACUGGAAUAGGGUCGCUUCUUUCUUUUUUUUUUGUUCUAUUAAAACAUACUGCUACUAACAACACUGUUACAUACACUCACAUACGCUACACACAUACUCAGAAAUACAUAGACAUUUACACACACUUCUACACAUACACACACUCUUUAUGUGUGUGUGUGUGUGUGUGUGUAUAUAUACAAAAACAAUUCUGUGCCUACAGGCGCUCGUAAUGUAAAUCCGGCUCUGAGGGGGUAGCAAAUUGUAUUAGAAGAUGAUGGGUUGUUUUGUUUUUUUGCCUUGAGACGUACAGAGGUACUUUUACUGAAAGGGUUGAGAAACACUGUUCUAAAUUUUCAAUAUAUUUAUUCAUUGUAUUCUAUUCAGUUCAAGGCAUUUUGUUUACAUAAUUUAUUAAUUGUAUAAUGAAUGCAUAUUAUAGUGUAAAAGCAAAUGCCUUUUACUGGUUACUGCUGACAAGGAUUUAUUAGUAAAUUGACAAGCUUUAUUUUUAACUACUAAAUUCAUCUGCCGAUGCUGGGUUUCUUGCAAUAACAUAACUAAUCCUGCCUAGAACACUUUGAAUGUUAAUGUCUUCACAGUGCUUCCCACGUUCACUAACUCUUCUUAUACAUUCACUCACUGUAUUUUUUCCAUCUCACCAUUUGCUUGUUGUGCUUCCAACUGACUUAACUGGCACCCAGUGGCUCCACCGGUCAGCUAUUGCUUGAAUGUAUGUGGCAUGUCUUGGUCCUUCAUCUGUGUCCCUGUCUGGAAAGCAAUAGCCUCUGGCCUGGUUAUCUAACAUCACUCAAAGGGGAGACGGCUGCCUGAACAGGAGGUAAAUUCAUGAUGUUCAUCACUUUUACCACUUCUUCACAGCUCUGUUGCAUGCAAAUCAUUUAGCUUGCUUUUCUUAUUCCCCUAAGGUAGUUAGUGUAGCUCUGUUUAUCUCUUGCUACACAUUUUUCGUCUUGUACAUAGUGUCACUGGAAUGCUUACAUUAAAAGUGCUAGCAGUCUUUCAUUUGAUGCAUAGCCAUGCCACACAAUGCAAAUAGACUUUUUAAAGAUAAUUUUCUCUACUUGUAGCCCACCAUGUCAGUGAGUUUAUGUACUGUUAAUUGUUUGGUCCAGUCAACGUAGUAUGGAAUUGUGUUUUAAUAUGAUUCCAGUAGGUAGGAAGUAUGAGAUCAUUUAUACUAGAAAGAGACACUAUAGGUGCCCAAAGCACUUUUUCUCAAUGAAGUGGUCUGGGUGUCAUGUCCCUGUAGUUUUAACACCUGCAGUGUAAAACAUUGCCAUUCUGCAGGAGCAUUGUUUACAGUGCAGGGUUAAAAUGCUGGAGAGGCACUUCAGCAUAAUUUGGUGAUUGGCUUGAUGAAUUCAGCCAAUGAGGCAGGACUCUCAGAGAGAGCACCGUGCCAUGGAAGAAAAUGUAAGUUAACUACCUUUUUAUCCAUUUGAGGGGAGUAAACAAAAACUACAGGACACCUUAGCAUUAGGAAUACACAUUUGUAUUCCUAACGCUAUAGUGUUCCUUUUAAUUUUUAUUUUGUUUGGUAGACGGCAAAAGAUUAUUGCAAUGAUACUCGACUAGGGAAGAGAUUAUAAAUAGCAAAUAAACUGUUCCACCUUAAAGGAACUCAACAAGAGCCAAAACACCUUCAGCUUAAUGAAAUGGUUUUACUGUGUUGAUUAUGUCCUUCCAGUGUUACUGCUGAAUUCUCUGGUACCUAAUAUCCUUUUAGAGUUAUGAGACAACUCAUAGUAAUACGUGUGUGGUUAUCUUACUUUUUCAUCCAAUUUGCAUUUAUAUCUUAGUUUUCAAUACACAUUUUGAUUGUAUUUUUCUUAUUCUGAAUAUAUUUUAUUCAUUUUAAAUUGCAUUUUACACUAAAGGCACCUUAAAAUAUAGGCAAAUCAUCUGUAUUUUAAUCAUUGAGGAAGAUUUUGUUUGAAGAUUAGAUAUUUUUGUAAUCGUUUAUCACAGAGUAAAUACCUUUCUGUUGCUUGCCAUAACUAACGUAUCCUCCUGUUUGAAAAUAAAUUCUAAUAUCCCUCUGAUCUAGUUAAUGUUACUGAUUAAAUAAUUUUUACAUAAUGUCUGUAAAUUAACAGAUGUCAAUUACUACAAUUAUGUGUUCUCUCCUUUCUGUGCCAAGAUAUUUGGGUUGUUGAUCAUACUUGUACAAUGACACAUUGUGUGAACUAGUUACAGUAGGUGUAAAGCUGAACAUUGCUAUUCAGACUUUACUAUGGGGGGUUUACAAGAGUCUGAGUUGAGAUUUGACAACAGUUUAAUUGUUACAGUUUCCUUCUUUUGCUCUUUAGGGACACAGCUGGCCAAGAGAGAUUUAACAGCAUUACUUCAGCCUACUACAGGAGUGCCAAAGGUAUCAUAUUAGUCUAUGAUAUCACAAAAAAAGAGACUUUUGAAGAUUUACCAAAAUGGAUGAAAAUGAUCGAUAAGGUGGGCAUGGAGUGAUGUCCUUCAAGGGACAGUUGUAGAACAGUAGCCUUAAUGGCUCGUUAAUGGUUCUGUGAAAUUGACAUGCUAUUCCAUCACUAAUUUACAUGACAUAUCUUUAAUAUUAUGUACAUUCUUACAAUGGUCAGACUUCACUUUGAGGAUGCACUCAUUUGUCCUCAGGUUUAUUGCUCAAAGAGAGUGCAAACAUAGCACUUUGUCCCAGGUUAUAAGUGGUGCUGAGUCCUCACAUCUACAGCACAGCUUCUGAAAGAUUAGGCACCCGGGGGGGCCCUUAGUUUGUGUAAAUCUAUUUAAAAUGGUGGGACACAGAACCAGCGGUAGGGCCGGUGACGUAUUGAUAAUCCCUAGAACUGACUAAGAGCAUCCCUUUAAAUGAAGAUCACCCUGUUUGAGAGUUGCAGAUACUGUUUUGUUGCAAAGACUUGCUGUGAUUAACAAUUUUUUAAAUGAAGGUAUUAGAGAACAAGUAAAUCAGAUAAUGUUUUUUUUCCGUAGUAUGCAUCAGAAGAUGCAGAACUUCUACUAGUUGGUAAUAAGCUAGACUGUGAAAUCGACAGAGAAAUUACAAAGCAGCAGGGAGAAAAGGUAAACCUUUUAAAAUUUAUGAUAGUGUGUGUGAAUAUUUCAAUCUACUCUGAGUAUCCCAUGAUGCCAAAGCAAAAACCAGAUUUGAUUCCAUUGCAAAUAUAUUUAACAGAAAAAAAACUGAAAUCUUACAUUAACAUGAGUAUUCAGACCCUUAAUUCUGUAUUUUGUUAAACCUCCUUUGGCAGUGAUUAAAUCCUCAAGUAUUUUUGGGUAUUCUGCUAAAAACUUUGCACACCUUGGAUUUGGGUAGUACUCUUUCAUUCAUCUCUGCAGAUCUUCUCAAGCACGGUCUGGUUGGAUUGGGACUGUCUGUGGACUGCCAUUUUCAGGUCUCUCCGGAGAUCAAUUGGGCUAAAGUCCAGGCUCUGACAGGCCAUUCAAGGACAUUAAAAGAUUUGUCCCUAAGCCACUCUUGACUGUGUGCUUAAGAGUCCUUGUCCUGUUGGAAGGUGUACCUUCAGCUCCAUCUGAGAUACUGAAUGAGAUGAGGUGUCUGAAGAAUUGAGAAAAUACAAAAGCACUAGAGGAAUCAACAAAGGAACCACAAUAGGCCACUGAACAAGGCAAAAGACGUUCUAUUUAUAUGGGAGCGUCUUUUGCUUUAAGAGUACGCCCCCAAAAUGUUUUAGGUGAAAAUGGCACGAAGACACCUCAUCGACGCAUCGUAUUGUAAAAAGGGGCAUGUAUGCUGAGCAUCUAGAGAUAGGAUUUGACUGCAGGGACCCUUCCACGUGGGUGUCUGUGAGUGAGGUAAGGUAUCUUGACAGUAAUUUGGUGUCUGCCAAAAGGGUUUAGAACCAUUGAUUUAACCUGUUAAGGACCAAACUUCUGGAAUAAAAGGGAAUCAUGACAUGUCACACAUGUCAUGUGUCCUUAAGGGAUUAAAUAGAUUUUUCUGUUGAUUUCAUUGGCAAUUAAGAGUAUGUGAUUUUAAUUUCACAUUUUGUGUGUGCUAAAUGUAUUUAUUUCUCAGUUUGCACAACAGAUCACAGGGAUGCGUUUCUGUGAAGCAAGUGCCAAGGACAAUUUCAAUGUAGAUGAAAUAUUCUUGAAAUUGGUUGAUGACAUAUUGAAAAAGGUAAAAACAAAGUUGUUGUUUUUUGUUUUGUUUUAAUAGCUCCUAAAGUUUUUGCAGCCUUAGUGUCUUAGAAUUGUGGUCCAUUAAACUGAACUCUUUGAGCUUUUCUAAACUGUUACGAUCGCUAGUUUACCUGCACUUUUUAGUCUUCAUUGUACUUCAUGCUAUCCAUCUGUAAACAUUACACAAGUCACCAGCUGCAUGCCACCUCUGUGAAUAUAAUAAAAUGCUUCCUGAUAUGAUGUUGCCUGUAAUGCACUGCAUUCUAUAUCAAUUACAAUUAUACACUAGAGGAAAUAGAGUUAAAGCUGUAAUAUUAAAGGAUUGAGAAGCAGACAUUGGUUACCUGAUUAAGACAUGCCUUGAUUAGUAUAUUUUGUUUUAAAGUUCAAGGUUAUCUAGACAGUUAGCUACUGGUAGCUACAUUAUACUCUAUUCCAAUUCCAUCCCAGUUAUCUGUAUUGGCAUUAAACCAACAUACAAAAUUAUGUUGCUCUUCUUUUCCACCAAACUGGGCAGGCCUCACCCAGUAUCAUUAGACUUACAUUUCUGGCAACAUUAUCUAAACAUUGCAUAACUCAAGUUAAUUGGGCCCAUUGCAUUUAUAGGCAGUUUGCCAGGCAUGAAAUGAGGAGCACAUGUCAAUUGUGGCAUCCUCUGAAUCCAGUGGCGUACACAUGACCCAUGGGACCCUGGUGCGAAAAUUGAUCUCGGCGCUGGUCGGGGCCGCAACAAAUGGCGGGCACCUGGUCGCAGGGGUUACAGGGCUGCGACCGCGGUAUGCACACACACUUAAAGGACCACUACAGACACCCAGAUCACAUCAGCUCAAUGAAGUGGUCUGGGUGCCAGGUCCCUCUAGUUUUAACCCUGCGGCUGAAAACAUAGCUGUUUCAGGGAAAUGGCUAUGUUUCACUGAGGGUAAAUCCAGCCUCUGUGGCUGUCUCAUUGACAGCUGCUAGAGGAGCUUCCGUUUAAAUGCGCGAGCGCCUCUUGCCGCGCAUGUGCAUUCGGAGCUGAGAGGUGGAGGGAUCCCCAGCACCAAGGGAGUCCGACGCUGGAGAAAGGUAAAUGCUGAAGACACACACACACACUCUCACGAACAGACACACACAUUUACUGACAGACACACUCAGCGACAGACAUACAUACACACUCACAAAACAUACACUUUCACUGACAAACACUCACUAACAGACACCAAACACACACACACACUCUAACACACACACUACCACAAACACACACACAUUUUUUUUAAAAUUUAAUCCCCCCAGCCUCCUUACCUUUUGGAGAGCUGAGGGGAUUCCCUGGGGUCCAGUGGUGCUGCUGGGCGGGCUGGCUUUCUGGGUGGCCGGCUCGCGAGGGAGCACUCUCCCCUGAGUGCUUCCUCUUCAGCUCCCUCGCCGUCAUCUUCCGGCUCCGGUAUCAGUGCGGUGCGCGAGGGAGCUGAAGAGGAAGCAGUCAGGGGAGAGUGCUCCCUCGCGAGCCGGCCACCCAGACAGCCAGCCCGCCUGCCGGAGUCAGCAGGGCCAGCCUCGGGGGGGCCCUGAGGUAGCCGCCUCCUGGGCCCCCCAGGAGAAGAGGCUGGCCCUGUGGGUACAUACCGGGUCGCAGGGGCAGCCGGGCCCCCUGAUGGGCCGGACCCGGUCACAGCCGCGACCCCUGCGACCCUGGUAUGUACGCCACUGUCUAAAUCAUAACAUUCUUUUGUUUUAUUCGCAGAUUAGCUGAAUAUUUAUUUUAUUAAAUGCCUAAACAGUUUUUGGGUUUUUUUCAGAUGCCUAUGGACCUGAUGCGGAGUGAGUUAUCCAACAGCAUUCUGUCUCUUCAACCAGAACCUGAAGUCCCACCAGAAUUGCCUCCACCCAGACCUCCUGUCCGUUGCUGUUGAUUAUAUUCUUGUUCUUUAGACAUAGCAGAACAAGGGCUCUCAGUCACUUUGUCCUGCAAUACAAUCAUUAGAAAUGGUCCCUUUUUUGCACUUCCUUAUCAGAGCUGUGUAAAUAUGCAAGCAGGGAGCCCAAGAUUAGGUAGCUACUUGGACGGAAUGAAGUAUUUCUGUUGCACCCUGGAUCAGCAGUCCAGAGUUUGCAAACAGGUUCAGUGAGUUCUGACAUGGAAUCAUUUGCCCAUUUUAUUAAACUGGCCACAGCUAUGGUUCCUAGUAAGCCAUUUAUAUAGGGCGCCACUAGCUGCAUCAUUCUUUAUGCCGGGUGCUAUCAGCUCCAGGUGUGGUCUGUCUAGCCAUUUUCAAAUACUAGAAGUGUUUGUUUUAAUUGUAUAUUUUUUUCCCCCCUGUAUUUAGUCAUAUAUAUGGCGCUUAGCUAAAUAAUAAUUUGUCCAGAUAUAGUUGAAGGCCUUCAUGGAAAAUGCUUCCAUAAACAUUAUUAUUCUACUUAGUUUAUUCUUUAAUGCAAAAAAGGUCUUUGUUUUUAAUCUGUAGUAUUAUAAAAUUACUGGAACUGCCAUGAAUAUUAUAUUUUUUUUCCAGUAGUUUAUUUUAUUUGAAUAUUAUUUAUUAACGUGUAAAUUGUUUGAAGGGUAUCUGUUACAUUUACUCCAGGAGAUUGCACUUUGCACUGUCAAAGUGGCCCUUUUCUCUAAUGCAACAUAAACAGAAUCUUUUGUGAGCACAGUCAGAUGUUUUUUGUGGUAUGAAGGCACAUUGAACAAAGAUAGCAACAUAUGUGGUUAAUGGUUCUAGAGACUAUUUUAUGAUGUAACGCUAAAUGGGGACAUUUAGAAGUAAUCACCGAAAAAACUGCUAGACUAUAAAGCAGCAUUGCUCUCCUAAAUGGAAACUAAUCACAGAGGGCUGAAACAAUGUUUUGGGUUUUUUCCCCAUAUUCACUUACUAAACGUGUGCAUUUAACUUUGCCACUUUUUAUGGGAGGGGGAGGAUUUUUUGGGGGGGUGGGGGAAGGGGCAAGAACAUAAACCUAAAUGGCAAAUGUUCUUUUAUGAAGAUGGUGGGUUUGUGAACUACAUUUUUGGUAUAUCUCUUAUUAAAAAAAAAAAAGAAAAAGCACUGUAUAAUUUGGCGUUUGGGAAACAGUGGUUGAUAUGCAUUUGGAUAAAUGUGUGUCCUGUGGUAUUUGAACCAUUACAGUAUUUCUAACUAAUGAAGUGAAAAUAAACUUUUUUUUUUAUUUAUGAA